UUUGUUUAGCAAUGGUGGUUUCUUCCGCGGUAGGCGCCGUGUUUUCUUUCCUGCUGAUUGUUGUUCUUAGUUUUCAAACAGAUGCUGAAUUUACAGACAAUUUGCAUCGUCAUAAAGUAGAUGCAGUCGAAAUGUUAAGAAACCUUAGAUUAUACGAGGUUAUUAAACCUUACAGACAAGAGGGACAAGUCAAACGUGACGAUUGGACCAACAUCUCAUUUGGCACUCUUCAAGAUGCAAUUAUUGUAUUUCCUGGUAGAAAAAAGCAUUUCGUCGUGGAUAUAUCUCUCAACAAGGAUUUGUUCGCUCGGAACUUUCAAGAAUUUCAUUUUUCCAAAGAUGAAUCUGCAUUUGAACAAAAGACUCCUCAAGUGAAUUGUUUUUACCAAGGAACGGUAAAUGGAGAAGAAAACUCGGCAGUUUCUUUGAGCAUUUGUAAUAAUGGAAUAGAAGGAGUUAUCAGAACAGAUGAUGGUACAUUUUUUAUCCAACCGUUAAAGUCUCAUGAUGGACAAAUAUCAGACGAACAUGCGAUGUUCAAUGCUGAGGAUGUUGAUGAGAAACCAAGGACUUGCGGCCACACUUCUCGCAUGACACAACCGAAAGAAGAAUUUAAUAUGAAAAUAUCAACCAAUUGGAAGAAAAGGUUUCGAAGAAAUGUCCUAUCUGAGACAAAAUAUGUGGAAUUGUUCAUCAUCAAUGAUAAGGAACAGCACAGAAGGUACGGAGAAAACACCGGACUAAGAGCUAAAUCACUGGCCAAUCACCUCGAUUCUAUAUACCGUCGCAGGAAUAUCAGGGUGGCCCUGGUGCGAGUGGAGACAUGGAGGGACCAAGAUCGCAUUACAGUUGACAAAAAUGUGUCGAAAACGUUUAAUAAUUUUUUGUCGUACACGAGAAAGAAUGUUGACAAAUUCAAAGGAAAACAUUUCGACAACGUCCAACUUAUCAGCGGUGUGGAUUUCCUUGGUCCUUCGUUUGGUUUUGCUGCAAUAAACUCUAUUUGUGGAUCAAAAUCUGCCGCAGUUGUGCAAGACCACAGUGCACAUGCUGCUUUAACAGCCAGCACUAUGGCACAUGUGCUGGGGCAUAAUCUUGGUAUGGUUCACGAUAGUACUGAUUGCGAAUGUCCUGAUUCUGAUGGUGAAUGUAUUAUGAGUUCAUUUUCAACUAAGGCUGCUACGAGAUUUUCAUCAUGCAGUUUACUUCAACUGGAAGAUACUUUGGAGAAAGGAUAUGGAACAUGUUUGUUUAAUGAGCCGAAGAAGCUUUUCGGUGACGCGAUUUGUGGCAAUGGCUUUGUCGAGGAAGGUGAAGAAUGUGAUUGUGGAACAGAAGAGGAGUGCGAUUAUUUUAAAAACAAAUGUUGUAAUGCGUCAUCAUGCAUGCUUCUCCCUGGAGCUUUGUGCAGUCAUGGAGAAUGUUGUGAGAAGGAUUGCAAGUUUAGCUCAAGAGGAAAGUUAUGUCGUGAAACACAUGAUGAUUGUGAUCUUCCAGAAUAUUGCACAGGAGAUACUGGGAUGUGUCCCCAGGAUUAUCAUGUGCAGAACGGUGUAAAUUGCAGUGAGCAUAAUGGCUACUGUUAUGGAGGCGUUUGUCGUAAUAUUGAACUACAGUGUCAAAAUAUCUUCGGGAAUGGUACAACAGCUGGUAAAGAAGCGUGUUUCUGGCGAAAUUCUGCAGGAACGCGAUUCCAUCAUUGCCACAAUGAAACACAUAAAUAUUUCGCUUGCCCUAAAGGUGAUGUGAGAUGUGGUAAAAUUCAUUGCUUAUCAAACAGAAGAAACCACCUACCAAAAAAAGGCCAAGACCGAGGUGCUUUUUGGAUUUCUUUCGAUUCGAAAACUUAUUGCAUUACUCCACUUUUAACGUGGGGAGACGGGCUUGAUCCAACAUACGUUGAUGAUGGAACUAAAUGUGGUGAAGGAAAAAUGUGUAUGAAAAGCAGAUGCGUUUCUGUUGAAGAGGCGAUUCAAAUUUCUCCGCAAAAAAAUUGUACCAAUAAUUGUUCAGGAAACGGGGUAUGCAACAACAACGGAAACUGUCAUUGCAACAAUGGUUACGCGUGUCCGGACUGCAAAACACGUGGAUCAGAUCUUGGUGGAAGUAUAGAUAGCGGACAAGGCUGUCAAACGUCAAGCCAUAAAAAUCAAACAUAUCCAUCAAUAUCAACCACACAAAAUAAUAAUCCUCAUGCAGCCGGAACUCGAAAAGAUCAAGACACUGCCAAAACUUUUGUGCCCAUUGUUUUGGUUGUUUGGCUUAGCUAUUAUACCUAGGACAAUUUAUAGAAAACUCAACUACUUAGUUAAAAGUGUGUGCGCACAUCUACAUGUAAAUGAAAGUCGAAUGAUCCUGUUGCUAAUACAAUAAAAAGUGAAUAUACUACAGAAUCAGACUGAAGCAUCAGAAAUGUAUGGGACGAUGUCAGCUAUUAACGUUGCAAUAGCAUAGAAUUUUUUACUUCAACGAGAAACCCUCUUCAAAUCUAGUAGUACUAACUACGUUUGGGGAUUUUUGUUUUGUACUCACGUUUCAUUAAUUAAUUGUUGUCAAGAUAUAUUCUUUUACUUACACUAUAUUAUGCAUUUUGAGACUCAAUUAACGAGAUGAUCACUGAAUGUUUUGAACAGUUCUAAUUACCCCUACUUCGAAGUAUAUAAGGACAGCUAAAACACAACAUUAUUGAUAUCAUGCGCAA